GCUGUUUGAUGGUGGAGCUCCAGACACGACCUACAGCAUUGGCCCAAAAUAUCCUGCAAAAAACAACACUUUAUCUGUCCAGAAACAGGACAGCAACAGACUUGUGUACCCUGCAGCCGUUCGCAGAACGUUUAUUAUGUUGGAGGAUCAGACCGUGCACUGAGCCUCCCAUGGCUGUCAGCACCAUGGACUCCGAGUCAGCCCGGACACCUCAACCCCAAGAUGCCCUGACAAAAGGACGCCCUUCCCUGCUGCCUGCUGGGAUUCUGAGUACCAAGUUGGGUCCUCAAGGGAAACACUAUGUCUGUGGUUCCAUCGCAGCUUUCACUAAUAUCGUGAUCACCUUCCCCAUUCAGAAGGUGCUCUUCCGACAGCAGCUGCAUGGCGUGCUGGUCACUGAGGCGGUGCAACAGCUCCAAAGGGAUGGGCUGAGGAAUCUUUAUCGGGGCCUACUCCCCCCACUUCUUCAGAAGAGCUCUACCGUGGCCAUCAUGUUUGGCCUUUACGAGGACUUCUCUAGAGUGUUACUUGACCGUGCAGGGGGCAGCGGAGUGCCAGUACUCGUCACGAGAAGCUUUGCCGCAGCUUUGGCAGGAACUGCAGAAGCUAUCCUCACACCGUUUGAGCGCGUGCAGACGCUCCUCCAAGACCACCGGCACCACGGGCGCUUCAACAACACAGUCCACACUUUCCGGACACUUCUAACAGAGUACGGCGUCACAGAGUGUUACCGUGGCCUCGUCCCCAUCCUCCUGCGUAACGGCCCUAGCAACAUACUCUUCUUUGGGCUACGGGGGCCGAUUAAAGAGAUGCUGCCAGAGGCUACCAACAAGCCGGGUCACUUGGUUAAUGAUUUUGUGUGUGGGGGAGUGUUGGGGGCAGGUCUCGGCAUUCUGUUUUACCCGCUAAACGUGGUGAAAUCCCGAGCUCAGUCUCAGGUGGGCGGAGCCUUUCAGCCGUGCAGGAUAGUGUUGUUAACAGUGUGGAGAGAGAGGGGUGGCAGCGUGGCCAAGCUUUUCAGAGGGGCCCAUCUCAACUACCAUCGGUCACUCAUCUCCUGGGGGAUCAUCAACGCCACCUACGAGUUCUUGCUGAAGCUACUAUAAAAGCAGGAGUUGAUCAAAAAAUAACUAAAGUUGUGAUAAAGAGAAAGUGUUUAAAGGGACCGUUGAUGUACUGUUUAGAAAGAGAGGUCGCAGAGUGAAGUCUGGCACUGUUAGCUGGACCAUGUACAAGAAGGUGCACGUCUGCCAGAGGCCAGACGUUUGUAAGAUAAUCACCUGCCAUUGUUCCUUUUCAUUGUCACUGUAUUUUAACCAAGGCACACACGAGUCUGUUCAAAUCUUGUAGGGUCCAAAUGAUAAACCCUCGUUUGCUAACGUGCACCAAAAGUUGGAAUAGCAUCUUUGUUUUGUUCGUUUUUUUACAGAUUCAAGCAAAAAUUGCCUGAUUUGAUGAAGUGUUUUUAUGUUUAUGUGCUGUGGUGUUUACAAAAAAAAAGACAUCCACCAGUUUAGCAGACCAAAAGCACUUUCUCUGUUGGGCCUAAAUUCUGCUGCUUUUGUGCUUUUCACCAUCAAAGAUCAACCGACACACACUCGACCUCUUUUACUUCUCGCCUCCACUUACUGGGAGCACGAGCUGAAGAGAUAAGACGACAAAUGCCGAAGAAAUUGUUCAAAUGAAGCUUCCGGAAACGCUAUGGAAAAAUGUAUCAAUCAAACCAAAAACGUAAACGUCAGGGUUAAACAAUGUUAUUGUCACACGUGUUCGUGUGAAACAUAGAUGCAGUUUGUCGUGACAUAGUUUGUCAAG